ACGCUUCCCGUUCCCACAACCAACAACAAACAGCCCGACCGUGAUCGCCAACCGCAAUCCUCCCACAAUCCACCAUCCACACCCAACCUCUCCACCCCCAGCGCACCCGCCACCAACAAAUCACACCACUCACCCACACUCACUCCCCUCAUCCCAAAAAUGUCCAACGAAUACGAAGAGGAAGCCAGCGAAUACAGCGAAGAAGCCGCCGACGACUACGAGGAGCGGGCCGCGCAGAAACUUAACGAUAUCGAGGAACAUAGGAAUGAUAUUUACUAUAGCCCGCGGUACCAGGAUGACGAGCAUGAGUAUAGGCAUGUUACGUUGCCGAAGCAGAUUGCGGCUUGGAUCCCCAAAGGCCGAUUGAUGCCCGAUGCAGAAUGGCGCAGUUACGGCGUCCAGCAGAGCGCUGGGUGGGAACACUACAUGAUCCACGGCCCGGAACCGCACAUCCUCCUCUUCCGCCGCGAAAAAGACUACCAGAUUAAAUACCCGAACGGCAAACCCGCUCCGGCACCUAACCCCGUCGCCAAACCACAGAAGAAGCCGGUCAAGGGCGCGCAGGGACAGGGAGGGAGGAAGGCUGUCGGUGGGCUUGUCGGGUGAGAAAUAUGAAAUAUGGAGUAUGGAAUGUGAAGGGAUAUUUCGUUUUGUGAUGAGAGAGGGGUGCCUUUUGCGGACCGUUGAUGAGAUUGGGAGGAUGCUCGUAGUCCAACAUCCCCCCCGUAUAUAUAUAUUUUGUUCCCCCUUAGAGUCAGUCAUGAACCUCUUAUCGGUUCCGUGAGUGAGUGAGAGUGUUGUUAUUCCUCGUAUGUGUUUGUUCAUAAAGCCCAGAUGUACGAAAGUGAAACGCAAAUAGAGUCAAAGAAGUUCAGAGAUUCAAUGUUUUUCGAUAGA